AUGUUUUUUUCAUUCUUCUUAUAUUUACCUUAUUUUUUGACAAAUGCUCAAGAAAAGGUCGCAGUUCAUGACUUCAGAGUGGUAAAUACAUAUCCACACUCUAAGCAAGAUUUCACGUAAUAGCUAUCUAGUCAAGGAUUCUUAGUGAAAGGAAAUUCAAUUUAUCAAUCUACUGGGUUAUACGGUAGAAGCGAGCUUCAGCACCUUCAUCUGACUAAUAAUACAAAAAUUAAGUCAAAAGCUCUCAAUAAAAAGCACUUCGGUGAAGGUUUAACUGAAUGGAAUAACAAGCUAUUCCAGCUAACAUGAAAGGAAAAUGUAAUGAUGGUUUAUGACAUAAACACUUUUGACUUGAUUGAAACUGUUAAAUAUCCUGCUGCUCUAAAAGAAGGCUGGGGGAUUUGCUCUGAUGGCACUUAUUUAUACAUUUCAGAUGGAUCACAUAAAAUUUAUGUCAUGAAUCCAGCAGAUUAUUCUAUCAUUAAGACCAUUUUGGUUACAUCACUAGGUCAGCGAAUAACUAGAAUUAAUGAGCUUGAAUGGGUUGAUGGAGAAAUUUGGGCGAAUAUUUGGUAUGCACAUUAUAUAAUUAGAAUUGAUCCCUCUACUGGGAAGAUAAAUUCGUGGGUAAAUCUAACUGGGCUAGAGCAAGAUGGGGAAUAUAGCUCAUGAAAUGCAGGAGAAGUAUUGAAUGGAAUUGCUUAUGAUAAUGGCAAGAUAUAUGUGACUGGCAAAAAUUGGGCUCAUAUAUAUGAAAUCGAAUUAGGUAAAAUAACAGUUUUAGAGCAGAUACCUAUAAAUUCUCGUAAAGAUUUAAAAUAA